UGAGUGUUGACAAUUCGAGUUCAUGAAUAAAAAUCAUUUAAAUAUUAAUCCAAAUGGGCGAUUUUAGGGUUUUUCCAGACCGAAUUCAAAGCCAAUUUCGUACAUCAACUGUAGAACUAAAUCAACUAAUAUUUAGUAACAGUAAACCCGGAGGCGGAUAGCAGAUUGGCUCGCAGAUCACAUCCUCCGGAGAAUCUAAUCUUUGCUCUCUCUUCUUUUUACUGUUUCUAUCUUCUAUUUGUUGCUCUCUAUCGGACAAGCUAUUCCCUUACUGCUCUAAUCUCGAGACUUGAGACUCAAGUUUCAACUGAGGACCGGCAAAAUCCUUUCUCUUCCGGUCACUUGAGACUCAAGUCUCCUCGAUUAUCAAUUCUGAGGCAAAAUUGUAUAAAAAUCUGAAACGGUCGUGUCGCGCGGCAAGAGGCGGGUUCGUUUUUCUGGUGCUAGGGUUCAAGUUGCAGAAACCCUAAGUUGGAAAUGGAGAACCAGGAAUUUCAGGUCUACAAUACUAUGACUAAGCAGAAGGAAAUCUUCAAGCCCAUAGAGCCCGGUAAGGUGGGCAUGUACGUUUGUGGCAUCACCGCCUACGAUUACAGUCACAUUGGCCACGCUCGUGCUUAUGUCGCCUUCGAUGUCCUCUACAGAUACCUGAAAUAUUUGGGAUAUGAAGUCAAUUAUGUACGGAACUUUACUGAUGUUGAUGACAAGAUAAUUCGUAGGGCAAAUGAAUUGGGAGAAGAUCCAAUAAGUUUGAGUGGUCGGUUCUGCGAGGAAUUUCUUGCAGACAUGGAUGAUCUUGGGUGCUUACGUCCUACGCAAGAACCUCCUGUUUCUAAACAUAUGGAUCAGAUUAGGGCAAUGAUAGCUCAGCUUAUUGAAAAGGAUUUUGCCUAUCCUGUCGAUGGAGAUGUAUAUUUCGCAGUUGACAAUUUUCCUGAUUAUGGCCGGUUGUCUGGACGGAAACUAGAAGAUAAUCGAGCUGGUGAACGGGUUGCCGUUGAUUCAAGAAAGAAAAACCCUGCUGACUUUGCAUUGUGGAAGGCCACAAAACCCGGUGAGCCAAGUUGGGUCAGUCCAUGGGGCCCUGGAAGACCAGGAUGGCAUAUAGAAUGCAGCGCCAUGAGUGCUCAUUACCUUACUGCCUCCUUUGAUAUUCAUGGUGGUGGGAUGGAUUUGAUAUUCCCACAUCAUGAAAAUGAGAUCGCUCAAAGCUGUGGUGCCUGCUCAAGUAGCAAGGUGGGAUAUUGGAUGCAUAAUGGUUUUGUGACACAGAACGAUGAGAAAAUGUCCAAGUCACUCGGUAACUUUUUCACAAUUCGUGAGGUCACCAAACAAUACCAUCCAAUGGCUUUGAGAUAUUUCUUGAUGAGCACACACUAUCGUUCUCCUGUCAACUAUUCGAUUGCGCAACUUGAUAAUGCUUCAUUUGAAGUUCUCACCCUCUAUCGGGCUUUGCAUAACUGUGAAGUGGCUUUAUCUCCAUAUCGAGAAGGGAAUCCCACAGAUGUUGCAGCACAUAAUGGCCAAACAGUGCGUAUCACUCCUGACGCGCGAAAAUGCAUCGACAAGUUACACAGUGACUUUGAGUCCAAAAUGGCUGAUGACCUGCAUGUUGUUGAAAUAUUGAAUGGAGCUCUAAAGGAUUCCCUAACAUUCAUUAACAGUUCUUUGGGCUUGCUCAAGAAAAAGCAAAAACAACAGCAAAAACAGCCAUCACCCAUUCAGUCUCUUGUUGAAGUGGAAAAAGAAGUGAAGAAGAUUUUGGUUGAUCUGGGAUUGUUGUCGUCUAGUACCUGUUCUGAGGUUUUGCAGCAGCUGAAGGAAAAGGCUCUUGUGAGAGCAGGGAUGAAAGAGGAAGAUGUCUUGCUUAUGAUUGAGGAAAGAACUAAGGCAAGGAAAGAGAAAGAUUUUGAGAGGAGUGAUCAGAUCAGGGGUCUGUUGUACGCCAAGGGCAUUUAUCCUGAAGAUGAAGGUGCGGUAACGACAUGGUGGCCUUGUGUUCCUCCUGAAGAUCCAAAGUCUACCUGAGAUUAGAUAGACCUUUUGAGUAUGAAAUUUAAGAAAGUGCCCACAAAAUUUAUGAGAUUUUCCUCUUGUUUUUAACCCCAUUUUUGAUCCUGAUCUGGAUGAUCUUUUGGAAUCAGCGGGACCAUAUUGCCAGGGGUUAAUAUUAAGGCUUGUAAUGUGAUUGAUGGAUACUUUAUUACCAUCUGUUCAAUGAAAGUUGAUACAAUUAGAUGGGGGGUAGGAGAUUGUAAGACAGGGCUCCACCCCACUCAGACGAAAACUUAUACAUUUUUUGUUGCCAAUCAUGUAAACUUUAUCAUAUACUUUUUAUCCGGUUAUAAUUUUAUCUGUUACUCCA